UAGUCAAAAAUACACGUGAAAGCGCGUGUUCGUGACAUACACUUACUAAAAUUUGUAAUAAAUCAGAUAUAUUUAAUACCGAAGUUCUUUUGAAAAUAUUCUAUAAUAGGUCAUGUAAUAGAUAAAAUAUAAAAUAGUAUUUAUUUUUCUGAAUUGUACAUGAAAGUAAGACACGUACAAUUUUAAGGUUAGAAGUAGCAAUCUUGGCGGGAGAACAAUAAAUGUUUUAAUAAAAAUGGACUUGGAGGCAAAUUUAUUGUUAAAUUAUAUUCCUAUAAUUUCUGCUACAGUUUUAACACUUGUCACUUGGAUCACCGUGUUUUAUAAAUUAAAGAAUCGCUGGCCAGUUAAAGUAAAUUGUUGGUUUUGCAAUAAUAACUCAAGAAUAGAAAGAAAAUCACUUGAUUGGUGGCUUUGUCUUUUUUGCAACCAGCAUAAUGGCUUUUCUGAGGAUGGUGAUUAUAAUUAUGAAAUACCUGACCAGUAUAAAAUAACAAAUGAUAGUUGUAAUAAAAAUAUAUCGUAUUGUGAAAGAAGGGAUAUUUCAAUCAACAACAAUAGUCUUUGUAAACAGUGUAAUAGGAAAGAAGAGCUAAAAUUAUUAAAAUUAAGAGAACUUGAAGACUCUAUUGAUGUAUAUAAUGAUAAACAAAUUGCACGAUUUGAAGCAAGUUUUGAGCAAAAGUAUCCAUUAUGUUUUAAAUGUCAAAAUAUUGUAACAAAAGUUUUAUACAAACAAACAUUAUGGCUUACUCAAUAUAAAAUGCUUCUUUUUAAACAAAAGCCUAUAAGAAGAGUAGUGGAAAAUCGAGAGAAGGUGGAACAAAUUUUGCGUAUACUUUUAUCGAUUAUUGCUAUAGUAACUACUUAUUUUGCUGAAGUUUUGUACCUUCCACUAUGUGGAAUAUUUUUUCAAUUAUCUGCAUGUUUUGUUAGCCCAGUUAAUAAAAAAACAUCUGAUAUUCUACCAUUAACUGGAUGGGCUUGCUUAAUUUUUGUUAGUGCAUUUUCAAGUAGUACAAUUUUGAAAAUGCUUAAAAUAUAUUACGAUUCAACUCCUGUUGAUGAUAGCACCUAUCAGUACUUUAUUAUUACUCUUGGAACAGCAAUAGCUCUUGUAAAUUUAAAAUUUAAAUCUUACAAAACACUUUCUAGCGAAUAUCUAACCUUUAAAAAAUUAGAAUCUCCUAAUAGAAAUAUUUUUAUGCAUCCCUCUUCAUUAGAAACUGCAGCAUUGCUUAAUGAAGAAACUAGCUACAAGAUCUUGAGUAAAAAGGAACCAAGGAAAAAUUCACCAGUUAAUCUAACAGAUACUUUAGUCACUCCUUCAACUAUAGAAACACCUAUUCCCUUAAAACCAACUAAUUUGUCACAUUGGUUAUCAGGAGAAAAAGUUAGUUAUGCCCAAAACUACACCUUAUCUAAAGCAUCAACUUUUGUACCUGAAACAGAGAAAUCUUACAUCAAUCGAACUUAUUCUUUAAAUGACAGCCUUUCCAGUUUAAAUUCUUUGUCUUUAGGAACACAGGAAAAGAUUCCGACAUUACACUAUCCACGUAUGUUCGAAACGCGUGUUUAUGGUACAGCAUCGCCUGAUCUGUUUAAUAAGCAACAGCGCUAUUGUCAGAAGCGUUCUAUCCUGGCACCAGCAAGGUUACGAUCAGUUACACAAACAUCAUGGGUUGCUGGAGGCUAUUGGCAGUCGGGCAUAGAUACACCGACGCUCUCACGAUCAUCUAGCCAAAGUUCGGGUUUUGGAUCAUCAGGCUCGAAUUGUGGCCUGUCACGUGAACCCUCGGUUCAAGAGUUUGAUCAAUACUCAGUGGCGUCUGAGCAUUGUUGCUUUGUCCGACCUGAAAAUCCUCUCUCUACGAAAAACUCAAACACCGUUAGGAGACGAGGUGACAAUUGCUCGCCAAGGUGUUCACAGAUGACUGAAAUGAUUUGUAAUACUGAGUCACUACAACAUCGUUUAAGAAAUGAUAACCAUUGUAGCAGACAUACAACCGUCGUUACGAAUCCUGUUUGGCUACCAGCUCUACUAUGUGGAUCACUCGUUUUCAAUAUGGUAGUACUAUGUACUAUUUUAUUGCGUUGAGGGUUUAACAGAACUCUAUACUUGAUAAUGUUUGAUAAGGGAAGAAAGGAUAAACGUAUAUUAAUACUUUAAUUCACGGAAUAGGUUGAAUAAGCAUGUAGUUUGUUAAUCUAUUAUAAUAAAAGUAUA